GCCCGGGCCCCCGCGGCCCGCGCCGCCCGGCGCCUGAGCCCUUGCCUUCACGGUCCCGGAGCUGACGGCGGCAUGAUCCGACGAGCCGGGGCGCCCGAGCGCGCGGACCCCGUGGGUCCUAUUCCAGAUGUUGGCAAAGGAGAAAGACAGGAAGAGGAGAAGGAAGACGGAGUGGGGCCCGGCCUGCCAGGCACUCCGAAAAACUGCCUUCCUCGCCGGGACAUCAGCGUCCUGGAGAAACUCGUCAAGACGUGCCCGGUGUGGCUGCAGCUGGGUCUGGGCCGGGCGGAGGCGGCCAGGAUCCUACACCGGGAGGCAGCUGGGGCGUUCCUGGUCCGCCGGGACAGCAGCUUGAAGCACCUGGUGCUCUGUGUCCACUUCCCUUCCCCGAAUGAAAGCUCAUCCGAGGUGCUCGAAUACACCAUUAAAGAAGAAAAAUCGAUACUGUACCUGGAAGGCUCGGUUCUUGUGUUUGAGGACAUCUUCAGACUGAUCGCAUUCUACUGUGUCAGUAGAGAUUUAUUGCCCUUCACGCUGAGGCUGCCCCGGGCCAUCCUCGAAGCCCGCAGCUCCACAGACCUCGAGAUCAUCUCCAACCUGGGCCUGGGCUUCUGGGACUCCUCGCUGAACCCCCGGCGAGGAGGUGGGAGUCCAGCGGAAGCCCCAAGAGACCCAGCCCCCGGAGCGCCCCCCGCCUCCAGCCUCAAGUCCACCGCCCAUCCCGAAAACUGCUCGUGUGAAAUCGAGCUAUCCAUAGGAAAUGGCCGCCUGUGGUUUGUGAAUCCGAUCUUCAUCGAGGACUGUGGCCGUGCCCCGCCAGCCGACCAGGCCCCAGCUGGAAACUGCCCCUCGCGCCCGGCGCCCCCCAGCUCUGACGCUACCUCACCCACCUCCCGGUGGGCCCCCCGCCGCCCGGCGCCCCCUCCCCCGCCACUCCCCCUGCACCCCCCGGGCUUCAGCCGGCCUCCUCCUGCUUCUCCUCCCUCUCCAGCCAGUCCUUUGCCCAGUUCUCCCCUGGCGGCGGCUCCCUCGCCUCCAGAGGCUCUUCCGCCCUCACCCCCAGGACCUGCCCCCCACUUGGCACCCCAUGCCCCGGGCCCCCCGGAGCUUCCAAGCCAGCCACCCAUGACAGCCUGUGAGAGGCUCCCACGCCCCCUCACAGGCCUGGACCCUCUCAGGGAGGAAGAGAUGAAGCCUGGGGCAGCCGCCAGCCCCUUGAAAGCCCCCGCUCCCCCAGUGGCCACGAAGAAGAGCCUCCCCACGGUUCCUCCCAGACGCCGCAUCUCCGAGAAGGUCUCCCUGGAGGACCAGAGCGCAGGGAAGCCAGACAGGGGGCCGGCCGCAGAGGGGGCCCCCGAGGGUCCUUCCAGGGCAUCCCCGCUCCGCGUGCCUCCCCAGCGGACCUCAGACAGCGCCGGAGACAGGCCUCGGAGAACCACAGAGCCAGGCCAGGAAGCAUCAGCCCAAGCCAGCAACCCGGGCAGCGCGCCAGAGCCUCCAAGGACGAUCCGACAAGCCCCAGUCCCGCCUCCCAGGAAGAAACGGGUCUCCCGGCAGCUGGCCUCUGUCCUCCCAACUCCCCUGGAGACUGCCAAGCUCUCCACAGCAGGGGAGGCCCCAGAGAAGCCCACAUCUGGUCCCCCCCAGGGAGAGAUCCAAGGUCAUGCCUCCCCCGCCGGGGGUAAUCAGACCUCGCAUGCCCCAGCAGGGGCCCGAGCCCAGAGCGCUCCAGAGUUCAAGGGCUCCCUGGCCUCCCUCUCGGACAGCUCGGGGGUGCCUGCCUCGGCCACUGACCAGGACUCAUACUCGACCAGCAGCACAGAGGAGGAGCUGGAUCAGUUCAGCAGCCCUGGCAUGAAGAAGAAACCGUCGAUGAUCCUGGGCAAGGCGCGCCACCGGCUGAGCUUUGCGAGCUUCAGCAAUGUCUUCAAUGCCUUCCUGUCCAACAACCGCAAGCUGUACAAGAAGGUGGUGGAGCUGGCCCAGGACAAGGGCUCGUACUUCGGCAACUUGGUGCAGGACUACAAAGUGUACAGCCUGGAGAUGAUGUCCCAGCAGACCUCCAGCACCGAAAUGCUGCAGGAAAUCCGCACCAUGAUGACCCAGCUCAAGAGCUACCUGCUGCAGAGCACCGAGCUCAAGGCACUGGUGGACCCCGCCCUGCACACCGAGGAGGAGCUAGAAGCCAUUGUGGAGUCUGCCUUGUACAAGUGUGUCCUGAAGCCCCUGAAGGAAGCCAUCUACUCCUGCCUGCAUGAGAUCCACAGCAAGGACAGCUCACUGCAGCAGCUCAAGGAUAACCAGAUGGUUAUCCUAGCCACCACUACCACCGACCUGGGCGUGACCACCAGCGUGCCAGAGGUGCCCGUCAUGGAGAAGAUCCUGCAGAAGUUCGCCAGCAUGCACAAGGCCUACUCGCCCGAGAAGAAGAUCUCCAUCCUGCUUAAGACCUGUAAGCUCAUCUACGACUCCAUGGCCCUCGGCAACCCAGGGAAGCCCUACGGGGCAGACGACUUCCUGCCGGUGCUCAUGUACGUCCUGGCCCGCAGCAACCUCACAGAGAUGCUUCUCAACGUGGAAUACAUGAUGGAGCUCAUGGAUCCCGCCCUGCAGCUGGGGGAGGGUUCCUACUAUCUGACCACCACCUACGGGGCCCUGGAGCACAUAAAGAACUACGACAAGAUCACGGUGACCCGGCAGCUGAGCGUGGAGGUGCAGGACUCGAUCCACCGCUGGGAGCGCCGGCGCACGCUCAACAAGGCUCGGGCCUCCCGCUCCUCCGUGCAGGACUUCAUCUGCGUGUCGUAUCUGGAGCCGGAGCAGCAGUCACGGACGCUGGCGUCGCGGGCGGACACGCUGGCUGAGGCGCUGUGCGCCCAGUGUGCGGAGAAGUUCGAGGUGGUGCAGCCGCAGGACUACCGGCUCUUCGUGCUGGUGGACGGCCGCAGCUUCCAGCUGGCCGACGAGGCGCUGCCACACCGCAUCAAGGGCUACCUGCUGCGGAGCGAACCCAAGCGCGACUUCCACUUCGUGUACCGGCCCCUGGACGGCGGCGGGCGCAGCGGAGGCCCGCCCUGCCUCGUGGUGCGGGAGCCCAACUUCCUGUGAGCCCGGGGCCACGGCCCCUCCGACGGCAGUGUCCACCCAGGCGGGGACGCUGGCAGACCGGCCCGCACCCUCGACCCCCACACUCACACUCAGACGCACCCACUCACACAUGCACACGCACAGACACUUGCGCGCGCGCGCGUGCACACACACACACACUCCCAACAGGGAUGCCCACACGUUGCCCCGUGCUUGCAGCCUACUGAGGGCGCCUCGGCCACCGUGGCAGGACCAUUGUAUAAACAACGUGAUCCGUGGCCCCAGCGUGCUCCCAGUAGGAGGGCGGGAGCCGGGAGAGCCCACAUGCUUCAUUAGGCAGAAAGGGAAACGGAAACUCAGAAAGGACCCUCCAACCCCCUGCAGCACACAAAGCCCAAGCUCGCUCGGCCCCUGUUCACACACAGCCCCUCAGGCCAGUCCGUCUCUCCCGCGCGACGGGCCCCCGCACCCCAUGCCCACCUGAUCCGAUCCCCAGCCUUUCACCGGGAGGGCUCAGGUUUUCCCAAGACCAUCCUCAGGAGGAGUGGCCUGGCCACAGCUGCCCCGCCCCCCAUGGAGCUGGAAUGUGUUGGACUCGCCCAGCGUCUCAGGAGCAUCUCAGGGUGCUGAGGAGACAGGCCCCUCACCCCUGCCUCAGAGCCAACCCUCAGCCAUCCGCCCGCUCCGUGCUGCCCGUAGCUCCCCAGCCCCUCCGGAAGCAGCCAGGUGUACAAUGGGACCUCCGAGCGAGGCCAGCUUCACAGCUACGUGAACGAGCCCAGCCUUGGCCACGGGGGACAUUGUCCAGGGCCCUCUCCUUCGUGGGCACCCCAGGACUGUGGCAUUCAUGGCAAGAGACACUGUGU